AUGUCUCCAUCGAAUAACGCAAAUAUCAAGCCGCCCCAAGUUCUAAUUGUAGGUGCCGGCCUGGCAGGCCUCCUCGCCAUUGCCCUUCAAAAGGCCAACAUCCCCUUUGAGAUCUAUGAACGAUCCAAGUUUGUUCGUCCUCUCGGUGGAAUUAUGGCACUCAAUGCAGGAAUCUUCCCUGCGCUGGAGCAACUCGGCGUGUACGAGGAGCUCUUGGAGAUCUCUAUCCCGAGUGCCGGAUUUAAUAUCUACAGUGGCGACAUGUCCACGAUUGCAUUGCUGAAGAUCAAAGGCGAGAAAGAACUGUAA